AUGGAAAAGGCUGCUUGGCAUGCAGUGGAUCCAGCUGUGCAGGAUGACGAUAUUCAGUCAGUUCCUGCAAUGUGGCCAGAUGUGCUGGUAAUUCACCUCAGAGGCAAUGACUUGCCUAGAUUUGCUGCAACCACCAUAUUCACCACCUGUUUAUUUACUAUUGGACAAAGCCUUUAUUAUUGCCGCCUUUCAGAACUGUGUAAGCAGAAAUCCCCAGGGCAGUUGUUUCAAACCAACAAAAGGGCAGCAAAUAUUGAAAAUUCUCCAAAAGCACAUGAAGUUGCAGUCAUUGGAGGUGUCAUUGCAGCUGUGGUUCUCGUCUUGAUUUUCUUCUUGCUAGUGAUUCUGAGAUACGUGUACCGGCACAAGGGCACCUACCAUACCAAUGAAGCAAAGGGAACUGAAUUUGCCGAAAGCGCAGAUGCAGCUUUGAAAAAUGACCCUACCCUUCAGGACGCCAUGGAUGAGAGCCGGAAAGAAUAUUUCAUCUGAGAGCAAAGGCAGCCCACUGAGACACACUUAGUCAUUCUCUCCUUCCCAAGGGAAUCGAUCAGACACUAGAUCAGAAAGCACCAGGAUAUGGAGAUUGCACAGGAGAGAACAGGGGGACUAAUUGAAAGAUUGUUGUUUGCCCCCCAGGAAGAAUGAAAUGCCUGAUACAUCACUGUUUAUUUGAUUAGCGCCGCCGCUCAGUUCAAUACCAAAUCAGGAGAAACAAAAAUCUUAUGAUGAGUGGGUGAUUAACUGAAAAAAGCAGAUAAUAGUGUCAAAUGUCAAAGUGUGACAUUUGGCAGACACCCUUGGAAAGCUUCAUCAUAGACGUGUUGAUCUAUCCUGCAUGGAUGUGAUACCUAGAAGUGAAUUUUAAGUGGCAACAGAAGGUGUCAGGAUGCAUAAAACACAGAGGAUUCUGGCACAAAAAUGACUGUUAUAGUUCAAAUAUCUUGUUUUCCUUAACAUGUAUAAGUUUGUUAGUGUGAAUGUAUAUGCUUGUUAUUAUAUAUUUUUUAAAUAAUGUCCUUUAAAAAAAAAAACACCAGCGACUCAAACCUCACAGGAAAACACUAGAAAAAUGCUGAGGAAAGUUUCUUAAAUGAAGGAUUUUAUUUUAGGACAUUUCUUUAUGUUCUUACAUACUUUCUUUAUGUUCUUACUAUGAUAGGAGGCUAGAUUGGUUUGUGUAGGACUUAAAUACAACACAAUGGCUCCUGCCAUUUACUGACACUAGUCAUGGAAGCUUCAUAUUCCUAUCCCAAGGAAUAGGAAUAUGGCAACACAGUUGUCAUGGAGGUCUCUUCCCUCCCCCCAGAACCAGCCCAGUCCACUCACUGGGCUUUGUGUGGUGCGUGGGGCCCUCAUUGGUGGCAUUGCACCAGUGCUUUCCUGCCUCCCUGCGCUGCUGACCACUCCCGUGAGGAGGUGGGAUGAUGAGUCUUCCUGCUCUGCUGCUGAGUAGUCAGCAGCACAGCAAGGCAGGGAAGCACUGGUUGGGCUACUUCCGCAAUUGGUGCCAUGCUACCAGUGACGCCCGCACGUGCCACAUGAAGCCCGGUGAGUGGACUGGGCUGGUUCUGGGGUAGAGGAUCAAAAAGGCCUGGCUCCUGUGGUGGCGAUAUUCAUAAACUUCUCCCCUAGGAGACGAAUAUGAAUAUCCUAUAUAUUACUGCAUUUUUGCUGAAGAACUAUUGUCUAUUCCAUUGCUCAGAUGACAGAGUAGCUAAAGAGGUGGCGUCCUCUUACCUUUAAAGGCAUUGUUGUGGUCCAAGUAAAGGAGGGCCUGACGCCACAGCAGUAGCGUGGGACAACCCCCAACUCCAUCCAGAGGCCACCAGUGCUUUUUUAAGCUGCCAGCUUAUAAGGAUUGGGGAGGGAUAACAGGGCUGAAAGUGAAGGGCUUAUCGUUCACCCCAUAGCUUUCCAUUGUGCAUUUCAUUCAGCCCUCCCUUCCUUUCCGCUCAUAAUUUGAGCAAUAGUUUGCUCAGUCCCUACUCACUCAUAACCCUCAGUGGACCUCACAUUGCACAGCAUUGCAUUACCCAGCCACAGCAUGGCCGUUUCCCAUGCUCUGGAUGAAAAUACCUAGCAUGGCUUGCCUUACUAAUCUUUCCAGUUCCGUUAAGAAUCUUCAUGGUGGUAUUAGGUCCUCUUCAGAGGAUUCAUUGCUGGAAUUAAAAAGCUAAAAAUGGAAACUCCCAUUAGCAUUGCUGUGCUGGAGGUUGUAACCACAAUGCAAAAGUAAAUGGUAAAAUUAUGGAAAAGACAAAAUUGUAGAAAACAACCUGGGGUACUUCAGAAGUAUGGAGGUAAGGCAAGGAAAUCUGGAGGAGCGGUAAACCUGCUGUGUCCAGAGAAAGAGGAGGCAUUCAGAUGCCACUUAAACCUGGUGCAAACCAGUGACCUGUGCCUAAAUCCUUGUUGGAUUGUAUUACUAAGCACCGUUCAGGAAACCAGACAUAGACUUGGCUAUGGUAGAUUCAGAUAUGCCACACAUUGCCUUGUACAAACAGACCUCAUACCAGUUUUUAUGAUUUCAUUCGGAUCUAUUGUGUAUAUAUCUCCCCACUCCAAUUAUGCUUCUUUGCAUCAACUGACAGAAAGUGGCUAUUUGCACAAGAGCUAGAAUGUUUGCGUUAACAAAACAGUCUUCAUUAGCUAAGAGAAAUAUUUAGUUCCAGGUAUAUGAUCUGUAUCCAGGAACACAAAUUCUCUUUUGUUACCCUUCUUUUUGAAUUUCUUUUUGUUCUUCUGCCUUGUUAACAGUAUUCUUUUAACCACAUAAAUAGUCCAGGUGUGACAUUAUGCUCCCCACCCCCACCCCAAUGCUAAUUAUCAUUCUGGGCUAUUAAAGCACACACAUUCUUA